AUGAGUGAGAGUGGUACAAUUGAAGCAUUUGGUAUGGAGGAAUUUCCAAAAAUGCCUAAAAAUUACAUAGGAUUUCAUGUAUUGCCAACUGUCAUUACUCUAAAAUUAGAUGACUCAUCAACAAUAACAUUACGCAAUUCAAGUAAUUAUCUUGUUCUUUAUAAGAUUAAGUGUACAUCAAAUAAUCGAAUCAGUAUUAUGGAUUGUGCUGGCAUACUGCGUCCGAAACAUGAAACGGUCAUCCUUGUAUAUCGUCAUCAUUGUGAAAUUGAUGCAACAGACCGUUUCCUGAUAAUUUAUACAUUGGUUGGUAUGCAGUGGAAUGCCAAAGAUGCCAAUGCACUGUUAUGCUGGCAACGAGCAAAAGCUCAACAAAUUCCAACCAAAUCAAUAAUUCGUAUUGCCAAAUUAAAACGGCCAAAAGUAUCCUAA